CAAACGGCACCGGCGCCUGCCCCUCUCAAGAUGGCGCUGUACCUGGUGCGGAAGGCGCGCGGAUGCCGCAGCUUCAUUCGGUCAUUUCAUGGCGGAGCCGGUGCGGAUCCCGUCCCCCAGACUAAUAGCAAGCAUCGAAUAUUCUCUGGCAUCCAGCCUACAGGGAUCCCUCAUCUGGGGAAUUACCUGGGAGCCAUCGAGAGCUGGGUGAGUCUACAGAAAGACUGCAGCUCUGUACUAUUCAGCAUCGUGGAUCUUCAUUCCAUCACUGUCCCCCAAGAUCCAGCUGUUCUUCACCAGAGCAUUUUGGACAUGACUGCUGUGCUGCUCGCCUGUGGCAUAAACCCAGAAAAAAGCAUUCUUUUUCAACAGUCCCAGGUGCCAGAGCACUCAGAAUUAAAUUGGAUCCUUGGAUGUCUCAUCAGGAUGCCACGGUUACAAAAUUUACCUCAGUGGAAGAGUAAGAACGCUAGCCUGAAACAAGAAGGGACGGUGGGUCUUUUCACAUACCCAGUACUUCAAGCUGCCGACAUUCUGUUAUACAAGUCCACACACGUCCCUGUUGGGGAAGAUCAAGUCACACAUAUGGAACUGGUCCGAGAUGUAGCACAACAUUUUAACAAGAAGUAUGGGGAAUUUUUCCCAGUUCCCAAAUCUCUUUUAACCUCUAUGAAGAAAGUAAAAUCACUCCGUGAUCCUUCAUCCAAAAUGUCAAAAUCGGACCCUGACAAACUAGCAACCAUUAGGAUAACAGACAGCCCAGAGGAGAUUGUGAUGAAAUUCCGUAAAGCUGUCACAGACUUCACUUCAGAGGUGACCUAUGAUCCAUCCACCCGAAUGGGUGUCUCCAAUAUGGUGGAAAUUCAUGCUGCAGUGACGGGCCUCACAGUAGAAGAAGUUAUCCAGCAGAGUGCCGGUCUUGAUACUGCUCGCUACAAAGUUGUAGUGGCAGAGGCUGUCAUUCAGAAAUUUGCACCAAUUAGAAGUGAGAUUGAGAGACUGAAGAUGGAAAAAGACCACUUGAGGAAGGUUUUACAGGUUGGGGCAGAAAAAGCCAAAGAACUAGCAAAGCCUGUGUGCCAAGAAGUCAAGAAAUUGACUCUUCCUAGUUGAGCCUUCCUAUCUUCAGCCUCGUUCCUCUCCUCAUAAGAUAUGUCAGUCAAGAUCCUCCUUGUCUUCUGUUAUUGUCUUCUGAACCCCAGGGGUGACUUCCUACCCCAUAGCUCUCCUUUCCUCUCUGCUGCCUCUCCUUCACACAGUCACUAGCACCUCCUAGCUCCUUGCUCCCUCAUGCACCCAUUACUUCUUCCCAUCUUUCUUUGUGUCCCUUGUCCCUGUCCUUUACAUCUUGAACAACUUCUCAAAGGUCACACCACCUCAUUACCUUUCAACAAGUCCUUUUUUGCAAACACACUUCUAAGUGUAUCCCAAAGCCUUUUAGAGCAUAUUGGUGAGCUAAGGAGAAGGGAAGCAUUAACAGCCCCAUUUUGUCCAUGCUAACCCCCAAAUGACAACCACUGCCCCUCCUCCAAAGUUCAUAAGCACACACAUAUAUGUAUAUGUGUUAUAUAUUACAUAAUAUAUAUAAUAUAUAAUUUAUGUCACAUGAUAUGUUA